AUGAUCAAACCCGAACUUGUCCCGCCGAACUCCCAGAUCAACUCUACAAAUCCAGUCUGGACUGUUCGUCUUCCAAAUGUCCAUCCACAUACAGACAAGCGAGAGAUACUAUCACACCUGAAACACAACCCUCCCCUCAGUGUGCUGCACAGCCCACCCACGAUCGACAAGACCGACGACGAGACUGUCGAAUCGAUCUUCACUGGGCUCAACCACUUUGGGCGACAAGUUCGAUCCUUUGACGUAAUAGCCCUUCCGUGGAAAGGUCAGCUCAGGGCUUUCGUAACCUUUUCCAGUCCGAUCGAUAUUGAGUCCACACUUCAGUUACACAACAGACAUAUUGCGUCCAUCGGCUCAAAGAUCUUUGUUGAACGCAAGGUGACCGCCAGAAUCAGCCUACUUUCUACCGUGUACUACGCCAUCAAAGCAGACAUGUCCGCCUUGAAGUUCGAUGACACCGACGAGCAGCAGGACCGUAUUCGAAUCACAGCCGCUGCAGGUAAAACUUUUUCAUUCAUGUCCAUAUGGAUCGUUGGUUCCACAACACUGUCAGUGACAAAAGCCAUGAUCCAAGUCCAGUUGCUCACCAGAGGCAUGGUCUUGCUGAACCAUCGUGGAGGUCCCUUAUGGGACGAAUUCUAUGCCAGCGAUGCGGGAUCAGCAGAGAUACAAGGCCACAAUAAGCACGGACUGUUGUUCCUAUAUCGAGACUUGUCGACCAGACGCAUCCUCGCAUAUGGUCGGAAGGAUCAGGUCAUGAGUGCUCGGGGUUCUUUGAUGGAUGGAAUUCGCUCUCGCUCUGGAAACCUUCAUCUGAUUCGCAUGGAUUCUGGCUUGACUCAAGAAGCUAAAGAGUAUGGCUUGCUGCAUUUGAGAUCCAGAUUUGGCCAGCCCCUCGUUCCUGUUCCAGACAGGCAGAAGGACUGUUGCAUCCCUUUCAAUGGGAGCAACCAAGACGCCGAUUACGCACAAAGGUUUCUCACUGACCUUGCAGCGAGUCCAGGAAAUCCCACGAAUUCAUCACGCAGAGACGCAUGUCCGAUCUGCUUGAAUAGGAUCAAAGACUCGAUCCGGCUGAGCUGUGGUCACCAAGUUUGCCGCGCUUGUCUUGAAGCCCAAUGUCGAGUGGCGGAUGCUCAUGGACUACCCAUUCGAUGCUUUGGAGCGCAAAAGACCUGUCUAAUGCCUGUAUCGCUCCAAGAUCUCUCCAAGUAUAUGCCAGGCGCCAUACUAGACCGACUGCUGGGGAGAUCGCUGGAUGUGUAUCUACGGAACUACUGGGAUCGAUUGCAGCAGUGUGUAACCACGGGAUGUCCCAACAUCUUCCUCGUGACCGACCCGGCAAGGCCACAUGUCUGCUCGCGAUGCCUGAUCUCUAUCUGCACAAGGUGCAAGACAAUCAGUCAUGAAGGAAUCAACUGUCAAGAAAACACCCGUCUGAUAUGUGGGGAGCAAAAAUACGAGAGUUUGGAAGCCAUACCGACAGUGACGAUCCAGCUGGCAGAGCUUGUCCUAGGUCGCCGACUUCCCUCGUCCAGCCAUGCACCCUCGUAUCGAGUGUUUUGA